AUGAAAUCCUUUCAUCCCAGCAAUCGGAAAUCGACACAGACGCAGACACAGGACUCGGAAGCUAGGGUCGACUCAGAAGCAUUUGCUGGAGUCGACGCGACAGACCCUUACGUAGGCGAGGGCCAGAAGCGUGAGAUUCUCACCUACGAGCAACGUUACAACUCCCGCGGAGAACUGCAACAGCUGGAAAUUCAAUCGCCUUACAUCAAAGCGGCAUUGAGAGAAGUCGUGAAAUCUUACCCUGGAGUCAACAUCAAUUCAAACGGACCAAUAUCAAUCUGGAAGGAGCCUUGGUACUUAUUUCACUACCGCCAUGAGCUCUCUACAUAUGCGUCGAAGCUCCGGGACAAGAAGGCAAGGGGACAUGUCGUGUUUCUGCUGGAGUAUGCUGCAAAAGUUCUGCACAGGGACAUAGCCAACUACGAGGCAAUGAUGCAUGGGGAAGCUGCGCCAGGCCUCGAAUUUCCAGCCCUCUGGAUGGCUUUCAAACCCGGCACGCUGAUCUUUACAAUCAUCGAAGGCCACGACUCCAUUUUCCGGCUCAACAGUAUUUCCCGUGAGCACGAAACGAUUGGAGGUGGCGAACUCCUCAAGGAAUGGAACGUGUCUGCGGAACAUCUGAUCAGUAAUGGAGCUGAGUUGGGAUAUGUUCGCAAAGAUUUCAGAAUUCCACGCUACGAGGGAUACAAGGCGCUGACUGAAUUGAAAACCUUCCCGUUGCAAUACCACCCUGAUUGUGAAAGGGUCAAAAGGGAUUUACUAGCAAGAGGGAAAAAGUAUGUCUCCUUGCAGGGAAUCCAUCACAGCAUGUAUGAGGGUCCUACGCAUACAUCAGGCUUUCCUUCUCUUACUAGCAGAAGCAAGGAGUAUUCCACAGUAAGUUCAGCCGAUGACUUGGCGAGUGAGAUCGCGUUUAAUAACUUCAUUCAAAAGACCGAACAGAGAGUCAUGCUGGAUAUUAAAACGUAUAAUGACCGGAUCCGAACCAAAAAACUGACCUUCAUUUCGGGCGCAAAGACACAUUAUCUAGAUCCCGAACAGGCUUUGGAACUUUCCGAUGAGGAGUUGCUCAUAUGCGAGCACUUUGUUCAUGGAUUCUCAUUUGCACAUAAAGAUUGGCGGCAUUUCGAAGUAUCGAAAUUAAAGCCAGUAGAGUACAACCAGAGCGCGUUCGACACCCUCGGACACGAAGAAUACGCUAUCUUCACUUUUGCGAGGAAGGGUAAAGGAUUGAUCAUUCUCUUACACGGACCUCCUGGUGUCGGGAAAACCUUCACAGCAGAAAGCAUCGCAGACUUCUCCGAACGACCGCUCUAUAAACUUGGAGGAUCCGACUUUGGCGAUAGUCCUUUCCUUGUAAGUGACCAGGCGCUGCGUACAGCAUUGAAUCUCGCCUUGCGAUGGAAAGCCGUCGUCUUGAUGGACGAGGCGGACGUGUUCUUACAGCAAAGAGAUAUCCACAGUAGUCUCGGGAACAAAUCAGCCUCAGUGCUACUUCGGUUACUUGAGUACUUCGACGGCACCAUGUUCCUCACUACGAACCGAGUCCAGACAAUCGAUGCUGCCUUCAAAUCCCGGAUCCAUCUGUCGCUUUCAUAUCCACCCUUGCCUGCCCAAGCUAGAAGCAUGCUUUGGGAAACCUUCAUUCUCAAGGGGACAGAGCAGCGCCGGCCUCGGUGGCUGACCGAAAAGUUCCUAGGGAAGAUAUCCAAGGAAGAGGUUAAUGGACGGGAGAUCAAGAACAUCAUCCGCGUAGCUCACGCUUUUGCGGUAGACGGCAAGCGCGCGAUGCGGCCAGCAGACGUAACCCACGGGCUUCAAACGCGGAGAGAUUUCGAACUCGACUUCAGCAAAGCCGUGGCAAAGAGGAAACAUGAAGAUGACCAGACGAACGGUAGGAGUAAGAAACAGAAGAAGAAGAAUAUGGAAUUCGACGGCGAAGCAAGUUCAUGAGCAUGUCGCCGUUUGAUGGUGGAGGUUGGCUCUUCGGAGGAGGGCCCCAUCACGCUGGAAAUAUCUUGUCAGACAUGGAAUCUCUCCAAGUCGACCAUGCUUGGUCUCAUCUGGCUGACUCUCAAGCGGUCAGCAUCGUUGUGCAAGCCCGAAAUGGUUACAGGUCUUUUAGCUAGCGUUGAUUUUGGUAAGCGUUUUCGGUUUUGCUUCGAUCGAAAAACCAAAUGGUUAGCUCUACAGCUUUUCAAGACACAUCUUCACAUUAUGAGCAGUAUAGGAAUCUAGAACAUGAAC